AUGACACGUAAACCGGAAACAUUAAAACCAAUUAACCGUAAACAACAAUAUCCGCCACGUCCUUUGUUGGAGGAAUUUUCCAUUCUAUUUUACAUUGGAAAAGUUAUGGGAAUCAAUCCACAAGAUUUGCGAGAAUUCCGUAAAUAUCGCCGAUUGGAGAGGUCUCAGACGGGCGAUUUUUAUUCGAUAGUGGUCAUCGUUAGUGUGGUGAUGAAUUUCAAUCUAAUGGUUUGGGUUUUCCACGAUCCGGAAUAUUCGGUGGAAAAGGACAAUCUCACAGUGGCAAUCGGCUUCGUUCUAACCUACUUCAGUCUUUUCAUAUACUUGUCGGAUCGCAUUACUGGCCUGAGAAAUCAAGAUAAAUUUAUAGAACUGUUUGAAAAUCUUCAAGAACUCGAAGAAGAGUUAAUGGAACAGGGUAUAAGAUGCAACAACAACAUCAUCAAAUAUCGUGUCAUAUUUUUCAUUAUUAUGGCCGCCAUAUCGGAAACACUGGUAUUCGUCUUUACAUUUGCAUUUCUUGUCGAUCGUGAUUCUUGGUCGGCAUGGCUGUGGACAUUUACAGCAGUGCCUACAUUUUGUAAUUCUUUGGAUAAAAUUUGGUUUUUCGGCAUUCUCUUAGCAAUUAAGAAACGAUUUGAAGCACUGAACAAUGAAUUCGAUAACAUCGCAAAGAAAAUUGAAAAUAACCUUCCGCUACAGAAGGAACGUAAACCGAUAAUAUCAGCUUUUCGAGAGAACAAGGCGAACAAAUUCAAUCGCAAAAUUCACGUACAACCGGUGUCGAAGACAGACAUUCCUGGCAUUUAUUUGGGAGAAGUUAUUCGAAACCAUGCAGCGUUCGCACCCACAACGCCUUCGGUCAGAGAAUUAAAAUCAAGUUCGCCAAAACCUUCAAUAAUAAAUGAGUUUGGCGUAUUGGAGGAUAAAUUUGUUAAGCUUUGCCAAUUGCACAACGAUCUCUGUAUGUUGGCCGUAGAUCUAAAUGAUCUGUGGGCUUUUCCAAUUUUAGCCCUAAUGGGCUAUGGAUUCUUCAUUAUCACCGCCCAAUUGUAUUUUUUCUAUUGCUCGAAUGCAAGUCAGAUUGUUUUGAAAUCUUAUAACUAUUUUAUAUUGGGUAUCUUUAUAGGUAAUCCCUUCAUUGUUUCGCCCGGCCAGUAA